UGCAAUUCUUGAGGGACUGCGAGCAGGCAUGGAGCCGGAGCUUCAAUGGGUGGGACCCCGAGGUCCCGGACUGCCUGGCGACAGAGCUGGUGGAGUGCCGAGGAGGCAACGGCAUGAUCUCCAGCAUGUUCGCAGAAAGCGAGCGCCUUUUUGGCCCUCUUCCGAACUCAAUCAGCAACCUCUGGCAUCUUACUUCCCUGUCCCUACAGUACACCGGCAUCAGGGGGUCUAUUCCGUCGGGACUUGGAGCACUGUCAUAUCUACAGGAGCUGUACCUAAAUAACAACCAAUUCUCAGGAACAAUUCCGGACAUUUUUUCCUCCCUCACCAUGCUGUCCAUAUUGCAUCUCGAAGACAACAGGCUGGUGGGGUUCAUCCCUCCGUCUAUGGGCUUGCUCACCCGCCUCACCACCAUGGUACUUACAAGGAACCAGCUCUAUGGAUCCUUCUUACCAGCAUUCAAAGACUUCACAGACCUACAGUAUCUGUACCUGGAUGACAACCAGUUCACAGGAGGAGUAUUCGACGUUUCUGGCCUAACCAAGCUGGUUAUCUUGAAUCUCCAGCGCAACAGCCUAACAGGUCCCGUUCCUGCAUCCCUUAGCCGGUUAAGCGAACUGCGUUACCUUUACUUAAGCCACAACCAACUCUCUGGAACAAUUCCUGACAUAUUCGCGCCGCUCACCAAGUUAUAUAACCUGCAAUUCCAAAAGAACAGGCUCCUAGGACCGAUUCCGACCUCCAUUGGCUUGCUAACUGAGCUGAGAGUGCUGUACCUGGAAAACAACCGUCUUUCUGGAACUAUUCCCGAUCUCUUCACUACCCUCACCAAUAUGGACCUAAUGUACUUAGGCAACAACCUUCUCUCUGGAACGAUUCCUGAUUUCUCUUCCCUCUCAUACAUUAAUUUUCUGGAUCUGAGCUACAACAGUCUAACAGGACCCAUCCCUUCGUCCAUUGGCAAGUUGAGCCAGCUAUGUUACUUGGCACUCAAAUGGAACAGCCUCACAGGGCCUAUUCCCUAUGCAUUGCAGAGUCUUACCAACCUGCAGUAUUUAGAUUUGGUUUCCAACCAGUUCUCUGGAACUAUCCCCGACUGGCUUACCUCCUUCCCCAUUCUUAUCAUUCUAGAUUUGAGCUACAACAAAUUCACAGGAACCAUCCCUUCCUCCGUUGGCUCACUCAGUUUGCUUGAGGGCUUGUCAUUCGCUCACAACCAGCUGUAUGGAAGCAUCCCCGAGGCACUGACCAGUCUCACAAAGCUAUUUAAUAUGGACCUCUCACACAACUACCUCACAGGAGCCGGGCUGAAGCCAAAGCAGGCAUAUGCAGACCUAUCCUUCAACUACCUCUCCGGCCCUAUCCGCGAGUGCUCGUCUACCAACUACGAUGCGAACUGCAUCGCAGUGACAGGCGCCUGUCUUUCACAGAUGCGUCCGGAGUCUGUCUGCAAUUCGUUCUGUGGCAUCUCGGGAACCUCCGCUGCCUGUGCGGGUCACGGGGUGUGCUACCCUACAGGUGCUAGCUUGCGGCCGGCGUGUGCGUGCGACCAGGGGUUUAAAGUUGUUGAUGGCUUGACGUGCGUUCCUGAAGAGCAAGACGAGGGCUACUCAUUCACCAACACCAUCGUUCCUCCACAGACCGAACUUACCAAGGGAACACGGAAGGAAACAGCAGGCAAGUUCACUGAAGACCCGGUCAUGCUCUUCCUCUACGAGCAAGGCCGGGAAGACCCAGGGUGUGGGACAGAGCUCGCAUUCAACGUCAACUUCACCUUCUCCCUCUCGCCCAAGCCUGGCAAAGCCGGCGCAAACGGCUUUGCGUUUGUCAUCUCUGUUAAAAACCGUCUGGGGAACAGCAGCAGCGGUGGUGUGGGGUACGGAGGCAUGGAGAGUCGAAGCAUGGCGAUAGAGUUUGACACGUUUCAGGACCCCAAGAACGGAGACCCGGACUAUCAGCACAUAGGGCUGAACGUGCAAGGUAGGGACGUGUCAGUUGCGACAGCCAAGGCGCCGUUUGUGCUGAACGACAGGAAGGAGUACACAGCAUGGGUGGACUAUGUCCCGGGGGAUCCCGGCACCAUUCAGGUGUUUCUGGCGAACUCCACAGCCAAGCCGGGAGCGGCGGUGCUGGAGCGGCGGUUCUCGCUGUGCGAGGUGCUGCAGCCGGGGCCGCCGCAGGUGGAGCAGGGCGAGGAGGCGCAGGUGCAGGCGUACUACGUGGGGUUUGUGGCGUCCACCACUGUGGCGCCGUUCCAGAAGCACGUGGUGCUGGACUCCUGGGUGCAUGCUGGCCUGCCUCCGCCACACAAGCCAGUCAACAUCGUUCCCACAUACGGGCUGAACGUGUCGGUGGAGACGUAUGCACCGCAGCAGGCGAGCCCGUUUCCGCGCUACGUGAGUGCAGACUACCGCGUGGCGGCGGACAAGAAGGACUCGUGGCGCUUCAGCGACUACCACUCCUGGGACUCCGUGCCCUUCCUCGGCUGGCCCGUCAAGGACCAGACCACCUGCAAUGCGUGUUGGGCAUACGCAGUGGUGGCGAGCAUAGAAGCAGCGUACGGCAUAGCAACAAGGCAGGAAGCUCCACGCCUCUCAGUGGACUCGCUCUUCACACUCAUGGGUCUCACCACCGCGGCUGACAGGUGCUCUGCGGGGGGCUCGCCCACAGAGGCCUUUGAGAAGCUGCGCGCUCUGCCUAAGGACGGGCUUGUGCUAGCAGGGACGGGCGGCUCGCAGACGAACAAGGAUACGAAGCGGUACCCGAUCCAGGGAUUUGAGCGCACGUUCUUCAAGGGGUACAUGGGGCUCAUGCUGGCAGUGCAGCGCCAGCCAGUCGUGGUGCACAUCCAGGCCUCCACACAGUCAUUCCUCGAAUACGACGGGACCUUCAAGUACCAGGACCCACAGUGCUACUCGGCCAACUUGAACCACGUGGUACUCGUUGUGGGCUACUUCAUUUUCCGCGACGACGGCAGCCAGAACCGCAUAGCGCCGCCCUUCUGGAUCGUGCGCAACUCGUGGGGAGUGGAGUGGGGCGACCGGGGCCACAUGCGCAUGGACAUCCAGGGAGGGGACGGCGUGUGUGGCAUCAAUGUGCUACCUGGCAUCGUGCCCAUUGUCAAGAUUCCCAAGGACCCGUGUGGGCUGAGGAGCUACAAGGGCGAUGGGGACGUGCAGCCGGCGAUGAACCCGUGUGGGCGCUUCACGUGCCGCCCCAUCCCCAAGAACGACUCCAACUCCUGUGACUGCGUCAUCCCGGAGGAGCCCAAGCAGCCCUUCGCUGAGGUCGCCAAUGGAUACGGCGCCAACACCUGUGCCUACGUGGACGUGUGUGGGUCGUACUUCAAGAACCCAUGUGCGGUGGGCACAUGCAUCAACGAUGGCAAGGGCGCCUACUCCUGCAUCUGCCCUCCCACCUACAUCUCCAGCCGCACCAUCCUCAACUUCCCCACCUGCGACCCAGUAAAUAUCACGGCCACAGCAAUGGCAGUGAGCGGGGUCAACUGGCGCUGCUCAGAUGUCUAUCCCAUUGUGGGGAUAUCAUACAAUCAGUUCAGGCAGCAAAACCCGCAAGUGGACUGCACUAAGCCGUUGGCGAUAAACACAACGCUGUCUGUGGGUGGGAGUCCUGAAAUCCCCUGCACUUCCUAUUUCUACGCCCUCCAAGGGGACACGUGUCGUUCCAUGGCAUAUCAGCUCAUAAUGACCCGCAGCAAGCUCAUAGAGCUCAACCCCGGUCUGGACUGCGCCGUCCCUAUCAAGCCCGGCCGCUCCGUGUGCAUCGAGCGCAGUGCUGCAUACGCGUACACCGUUCCGUUGUGUCUCAAGUACGGGGUCAUGCUGGCGCAGGACUCAUGCGAGCGCAUGCUGCAAGGGCUGGCGGGAGAUGUGAAUGCGACCACGUGGGCCAUGCUGUAUCGCACGAACCCCGGGCUGGUGUGCUCGCAGGUCAUCCCGACUUCCAUCGCGGCUGUUGGCAGCAACAUCGGUGUGCAGGUGAUGUGUGCUUAA